AUGAUUCGCGGGAACACUAUUCUCUGCGUACUAUUUACUGUAUUGGUAAUUCAAGCUCGAACAUCCAUCGGUCAACCGAUGAAACCUAGUGAUUUAAAAGCAUUAUUAAGAAAAGCAUUAGAAGUUGAUUUUUGUGCACGUAUGGUACCAGUGACAAGACCAAUUCCAUUACGAUUUCGUCGUACUCUAGCUAAACAACAAUUUCAAUGCCUUAUUACAUUAGAUUGA